UAUCAAUCAUCAACGAUUCCAUCAACAGUUCGGUUAUCUUUAUCAUCGAAAACAAUAUGUGCAAUCAAAUGAAGAUUUUCUGUUCCUUGCUGGUGGUGAUCCUGGCAUUGGGAGCAACGGCAGCUCAACCAGCCAGGUUGGGAAAGCAGCUACAGAGGCAGCAGGCAGCACCAUACCCAUCCGCCGAGGAACUGAAGCCAGAGGUUCCCUUCGAGGAGGGAGUGCCCGAGUCGGAGCCCGAUCAGACCUAUGGUCCGCCGGAUCUGACCUACGGACCUCCGCCCACCGAUGCAGUGGAGCAGCUUCCCACGGAUGAGGAGCCGCAGGACUUUACACCCGAUCCGGAUGCAGAGGAGGUUCAGCCCAGCCAGCAGGCUCCUGCUCGUCUGACCAAGCAGAUCAGGAAUCGUCCACAAUCCCAAGGAUUGAUACUGCUAUCCUCGAGCCCAUUCCGUCUGCUCAACGCAAAUGCAAUCCCCGUACCAAUACCCAUUCAAUCUUUGUGGUAGAUAAACAUUAUUUUAUAAACAUUAUAUUAAUUAUUGUCUUUUGUUAUCCGUUUAACCAUUAAAGAACAUUUGUCGAUACACCAAA